GCAGCGGUCUUUUUUUUUAAAUAAAUGGUCAGCCAUCUUGAGAAACGUCAGUCGAUGUGUAUGCCGAGAAUAAAUCGUUGUGCAUCGGGAAGUGAGCCUGCUGAAAGGACAGUGAAUGCUGCCCAUUUGAGUCUACGGUACAUGCGCUUCAAUACCGGCCUUCUACCAUAGUUGCGGCGCACUGGAGGAGUCCACAAUGUCUACAGUAGCAGAAAACUCCGGGAACCAUUCCCCUGAGAAGGCUGUAAACCACACCAACAACAUUAGGGAUGUCGAUGAAGGUGGCUGGAAAUCGAAGCUUGUCAUACCUCCCCGUGAUCUAAGGAAGCGAACAUCUGAUGUCACAGACACCAAGGGCAACGAAUUUGAGGACUUCUGCCUAAAGCGGGAGCUGCUUAUGGGUAUCUUUGAGAAGGGCUGGGAAAAGCCCUCUCCCAUCCAGGAAGCCAGCAUCCCCAUUGCACUCCUAGGGCGUGACAUCCUGGCUCGGGCCAAGAACGGCACUGGCAAGACGGGUGCAUACAUCAUCCCCAUGCUCCAGCGGAUAGACGUCGCAAAGGAUCACAUCCAAGCUAUGGCCAUUGUCCCCACUCGCGAGUUGGCCCUCCAAACCAGUCAAAUCUGCAUUGAGCUGUCUAAGCACCUGAAGGCCCGAGUCAUGGUUACAACUGGUGGCACCAACCUGAAGGACGACAUCAUGCGCAUCUAUGAAAACGUUCACGUGAUCAUUGCAACACCUGGCCGCAUUUUGGAUCUCAUGGAAAAAAGAGUAGCGCAGAUGGACAAGUGCAACAUGCUCAUUUUGGAUGAGGCAGACAAGCUUCUCUCCCAGGACUUCAAGGGCUUGCUGGACAAGGUCAUCAGCUACCUGCCCCCUGACAGGCAGAUUCUUCUCUACUCUGCCACGUUCCCACUUACGGUGGAGCAGUUUAUGAAGAAGCACUUGCACAGCCCGUAUGAGAUUAACCUGAUGGACGAGCUGACCCUGAAAGGUGUGACGCAGUACUACGCUUUCGUUCAGGAAAGGCAGAAGGUUCACUGCCUCAACACUCUCUUCUCUAAGCUGCAAAUCAACCAGUCAAUCAUCUUCUGCAACUCCACUCAGCGGGUGGAGCUUUUGGCCAAGAAGAUAACGGAGCUUGGCUACUCGUGCUACUACAUCCAUGCCAAGAUGUCCCAGCAACAUCGUAACCGUGUGUUCCACGACUUCCGCGCUGGCCUCUGCAGGAACCUUGUCUGCUCCGACCUCUUCACGAGAGGUAUAGACAUCCAGGCUGUGAAUGUGGUGAUCAACUUCGACUUCCCAAAGAUGGCAGAGACAUAUCUGCACCGCAUCGGCAGAUCCGGCCGCUUCGGCCACCUUGGCAUCGCCAUCAACCUGAUCACCUAUGAUGACCGCUUCUCGCUGCACCGCAUAGAGCAGGAACUGGGGACGGAAAUCAAGCCUAUUCCCAAGGUCAUUGACAAGAACCUCUACGUGCCAGAGCUGCAGCUAGAAGAUGCAGAAGCAAAUGCCAGCAAAUAGGAGCCAAUCAUCAUGUAUUUUUUCAUUAGCAUAACUCAUGAUUUUGUACGUCACUUCCAGAAGAUUCUGUUGUAUACUGUACAGAAGGGAAAAUGUGCAUGGAUGUGCCUGUGUGUGUGCGUGUGCGGUUGUGUCCUGCAAGAAAAACUAAAAAAAACAUGGACUACUGCAAAUGAAGUUCGUGGGAUGCCUGAAGUGAACAAGUAUUUAUUUCUCCUGGAAGUGUCGCCUCAUGCCAUAACUUAUACUUUUUUGUCGUGUGCGAGAGUUGCUGGGAAGCUAAUUCAGCCUGUAAAUGUGAAGACAGCGGGAACUUAUCUUUAGGAACAAGUUCUUCUUUUCUUUUUUUCCAAUUAUGUAAAUUAAUAUCUGCAAGAACAAGUUUUUUUUUUUUUUCACCUGCCAUGUGGUGCUGCUUUGCCCGUGACAUUGUACAGGACAAUAUUGUGGCUUGUGAGCGCAUUACAAUGGCAUGAUUACCGCCACACCGAAGAGACGGUCACCACUCUUCACUUAUUAAUUGGAUGCUGGCCAGAACUGACCUUGCAACAGUCAAGACUGCCUCUGUCCCCUCCCGCUUCUGCUCCAACGUGGCAAGACCCAAGAUGAGGACAGUGUGUGCAACAAGUCCUCGUUCUGCAUCGUGAUGUGCAGUGUGUGUUCUGGACUUUUAUACACCUGUGUGGACUUUAUUUCAAGUGAAAGAAUAAGGCAGGGCCCACGCACUCUUGAUGAGCGGACUGAGGUUUUUGUGAAUGGCCAUGCAUUUAGCCUGACUUUUUUUUUUAUGUUUCAUUUAUUAACAAGUGCUAGACUCGCUAUUAGUUGAAAGCAAGAACUUUAGUUUUCCCCAUAGAAUUGGCACCUGUUGGCAGCAAAAAUUUCUUGCUCUAAUGACAAAAUUUUGGUGUGCUGUGAUCGGUAGUGCACUUUGGACUAUACUGACAUAUUGAUAUAACAGAGCUAUCUGGAAUAGCAAGAACUUGUCGGACAUACUUUUUGCGUUGGUGUACUUGCCAGCUUUUUUUUCCCUUCAGACGUUUUUCACUUCCAUUCGUGUUGGCUCUGUAGAGGUGCCUUUGCAUGAAGCAUGUUUCGACAGCCCACAAAUUGUAAAUGGUUGAAGCUCUCAAAUGUGUCGAGAGACCACCGGUUUGUUUCGAGCUAACAAGAAAGCCACCUCGGUCAAAGCAUGCGCAGCCAGGCAGGCAAACAGGCCCGAUGAUUGUUUUGCAGACAACUCAAUGUGUCGUACCAUUGCAGCUGCAGGGCCCCCCCUUUAGGCCUUGUACAAAGUGUAUAUUUGUAUUAUAUGUUCUCAACCAGUGUGUCGCCUUGUCUGUCGGAACAAGAUUUUUGGACUAGACACUUGGGGCAGACGAGGUCUGCCGGCCCAGACACGCAUGCAACCACGUUGCUCACACACACACAAAUGCUGUGUGGCUCUCCUACUGCGCACAGUCGCUAAGAUGCCCUCCUGUAUGCUUGCUGCUGUGAUGGUGGGCAUCAAGAGUUGACCUGCCUGUUUGCGACUGCUUUGACACUUCCAAUCACUGCCCCCAUCCAUAUCCCCCUUCCCUCAGUUUUUGUUUGUGCAGGUGUAAAAACAUCUUGCCUGCCACCCCCACCCCCCUCUUCCCUUCCAUGUCACUUUUCCUUGCUAUGCUCGUGCUUCCUUGCACAAUUUCUUCGACCUUUCCCUACUUUUCCUCUUACAAGCUCGCCAUAGGCGUGCUUGCAAAGUGCCGUAGCCUGCAGGAAGUGUGGACGCUGGGUGCUGUGCAAGUUUUGGAGGAACCCCCCACGACUGAUCGGCAUAGUCGGUGUCAUUUAAUUGCAGCAAGUGACCAGAAACUUCCUCCAUUGCUUUGCCCACCGCUCGGAACCUGUGGGUGCCCAAAUUUCCUCGAACCUCGGGUCAUUUGGCCUCCCGGGGUCGCCCACUGCCAAGCUCCACGCUUCCUUGCUGGGCACACUUGUACGAGAUUUGGAACACUAGGCCAAAACAAAUUUUUCAGAUUUUUUUUCUUGUGCCAAGUGGAGGGAUUUGUUUGAUUGUUGUUUGGUGAUAAUCGAAAUUGGCCAAUGCUUUGUUUUUCCGUCGACGAUACGUUUUGAUAACAGUUCUGGUAAUUAAUUUUCCUAGCGGCAGUUUUUCUUCGUCCCUCUUACUUGAGGUUUAUAUAUGCAAUACGGCUGUAAGAUGUGCGAUUGGCCUAAUUCGUUUAUUGGCUCAAGUGAAGACCAUAUCCAUUAAGAAUAUGUGAUCAGAAUAACCCGUGACCUGCCAAAAUAAAAAUUUAUAUCUUUUAUAAA